UUCAAUGUACGAUUUAAUUGUAAACAUACAGGGGGAGAUAAAUACAGAAGAAAUCCACCCGGUAUCACUAAAUUCAUUAACCAUGUGGUUUAUGUACAUACUUAGCUGGAUUGCUCUUAUUGUACAGAUAUGUGUUAUCACGUUGUCAGUUGCUGCUGGGCUGUUUUAUUUAGCAGAAUUAGUUGAAGAAUACACAGUACUUACAGCAAAAAUUAUCAAAUCUAUGCUGAUAGGUACCACGGUGAUAUUCAUCGGGCUCCUGCUGUUCGAGGACCUGCCCCUGUCUAUGGUGUUACUAGGGCUGGUCGGCAACAUUUCCUAUUUCUUUGUUCUACAAAACUUUCCAUAUUUUGAGCUAACAUCUCCCUCAUUUUUGGCCUCAUGUGUGGCGGUGGUCAUCAAUCACUACCUGGCCUUCUCCUACUUCUCCACCGUGUGGCAUCCUUUCUCAGAUGUUCUUGCCUAUUUCACCAUCUGCCUGUGGCUCGUCCCGUUUGCGUUCUUUAUUUCUCUGUCGGCCAAUGAGAAUGUUUUACCCACGACCACGGGGGCUCGAGUGAGUUCCUCCGAGGAAAGUGAUGUAGUCAGUAACUAUUUUAAAAAGAAAGGAAAGAAAUACGGACUGCUCUCGUUUUUCAAGUACGCCCAGGACAGCAUUUUGCCACAGAGGGUACGGAAACAGUAUUAGCAGGUGCCCUUCCUGUAUCUACUGGACCUUCGAAUCGGAAUCGCCAAGAAUGUUUAUCUGAGAAAAAAUGAACAAUGAUUGUGUGCAACACAACUCUGAGUUGUUCUUGCUUGGGAAAGUGCAAAUACUUACAUGACGCAAAUAUGAUGUACACUCAUACCUUUAUGUAUUACCAAAAACAAGUUUUUAAGAGAUAAUGUCUAAGUUGUAAAAUUGUAAUUAUCUAAAAUUGAAAGAACUUCAUGCAUUAUAUGUUACUUGAUAUUUACUGAACCUCAUGUUGAAUGCACAGAGUUACUGAGAGGAACUGUGUUCAUGGUGCAUGUUGAUUUGUGCAUUUUUGGGAUUUUUUCACCAGAAUUUAUGAGUAUUGGUGAUAAUCCAUGAGACUAAUCUUCCCCACAGUGUCAGGGGUUCUUGUGUCUGUAUCAGAGUUGUCUGAUUCUAGCUGGGUUAAUUAAAUCUUGAGUUAAUCUAAGGUAAAAGAUGUUACAAAGCAUUUGGUAUCAGGCGCUUUGAUAAGACUAUUUCUUUGUUAGAGAUUUUCAUUGACGAUGACCAAUGGUACCGGUACCGGUAUUUUGUUUAUAAAUACAUGUACCAGUGAAGGGUCUAUCUUUUAGGAAAUAGAUAUAACAACUAAAACAUGAGUAAAUUAAUCCGGGUUAUGGUACAUUUAAAUCACUAUGGCAACAAAGAUUUAUGGAUUGAAAAUGAUAGAAAAGAUUUCAGAGUUAUUUGUAUUCUCAUUCAUUUUAAUACAUGUGCUAUUGAGUCAUUCAUUAAUAGAUUAUACGUAACAGUCAGGGCUGCGUUUUACAAAUUAAAGAACUUACGACAAAGCCAUAAAUAUUUUCAGUCUCAUGGAAUGAUAUUUAACGAACAAAACUUAGACAUAACUUUAUUUAUACAACUACUCUGAUGUCCAUAAUAAUAUUUUACAGCCAUGAGAAUAAACUAUUGAUUAGUUUGUGAUUAAUUAGCAUUCAUUAAUCUGGUUGUAAGUUCUUUUGUAAAACACAGCCCAGGCGUACUGUUUGUCUCCAUAAUCAACGACUGUGAUACCAACCUGUGUUGUGUUAGUCCCCUGAUGUAACUCUUACUUUUUCGGUAUAUCUGAUCUCAAUUGUUUAGAUUUAUAUAAUAUUUAGCUCACCUGAGCCAACGGCUCAAGUGAGCUUUUCUGAUCACAAUUUGUCCGUUGUCUGUCGUUGUCGUUGUCGUUGUCGUAGUCGUUGUCGUUAACUUUUCACAUUUUCAUCUUCUUCUCAAGAACCACUGGGCAGAUUUCAACCAAAUUUGGCACAAAGCACCACUAGGUGAAGGGGAUUCAAGUUUGUUCAAAUGAAGGGCCACGCCCUCUUUAAAGGGGAGGUAAUUGAGAAUUAUUGAAAAUUUGUUGGUAUUUUACAAAAAACUUCUUCUCAAAAACUAUUUGGCCUGAAAAGCUAAAACUUGUGUGGAGGCAUCCUCAGGUAGUGUAGAUUCAAGUUUGUUUAAAUCAUGGUCCCUGGGGGAAGGGUGGGGCCACAAUUGGGGGAUGAAUUUUUACAUAGGAAUAUAUAGAGAAAAUCUUUAAAAAUCUUCUUCUCAAAAACUAUUGGGCCAGGAAAGCUCAAAUUAAAAUGGAAGCAUCCACAGGUAGUGUAGAUUCAAGUUUGUUCAAAUCAUGGUCCCUGGGGGUAGGGUGGGGCCACAAUAGGGGGAUGAAUUUUUACAUAGGAAUAUAUAGAGAAAAUAGUUAAAAAUCUUCUUCUCAAAAACUAUUAGGCCGGGAAAGCUCAAAUUUGAGUGGAAGCAUCCUCAGAUAGUGUAGAUUCAAGUUCGUUAAAAUUAUGGUCCCCAGGGGUAGGGUGGGGCCACAAUAGGGGGAUGAAUUUUUACAUAGGAAUAUAUAGAGAAAAUCUUAAAAAAUCUUCUUCUUAAAAACAAUUAGGCCAGAAAAGAUCAAAUUAAAAUGGAAGCAUCCUCAGGUAGUGUAGAUUCAAGUUUGUUCAAAUGAUAGUCCCUGGGGGCAGGGCGGGGCCACAAUGGGGGGAUCAAUUUUUACAUAGGAAUAUAUCUUAAAAAUCUCCUUAUCAAAAACUAUUAGGCCAGAAAGCUCAAAUUUGAAUUGAAGCAUCCUCAGGUAGUGUAGAUUCAAGUUUGUUCAAAUCAUGAUCCCUGGGGGUAGGGUGGGGCCACAAUUGGGGGAUCAAGUUUUACAUAGGAAUAUAUAGAGAAAAUCUUUAAAAAUCUUCUUUUUAAAGACCAUUUAGCCAGAAAAGCUUUAACUUGUGUAGAGGCAUCCUCGGGUAGUGUAAAUUCAAAAUCACAGUCCCUAGUGGAAGGGCGGGGCCGUGAUGGCGGUUUGAAUUUUUACAUAUAUAGAGAAAAUCUUUAAAAAUAUUCUGGGAAAGUUUUUCGGUCCAGAACUCAGUACUUAGUGUGAAAGCACAGGUUAUGCAGAUAUAAGUUUGAUGAAACCAUGAUACCCUAGAGAAAAGUGGGGCAACAAAAUGGGGGGGGGGGGGGUAUAUAGGAAAAGAGAAAAAUCAUCUUACAGGUACAACAACAAAAGGGGCUUGGUAUUUACCAAAAGAAAGAGGUGGAUAAAAAUUGGCAGAUUUUCAAUUUUUUUUAGCAAGAUCUACUGUACUUAGUUGUCAAGAUAUUUUGAUACUGUAAUGCUAAUUUGAUCAGAAUUAAGGCAAUUGUUGCUCAGGUGAGCGAUGUGGCCCCUGGGCCUCUUGUUUAAAAAUGUGAACAAAUGGUUAAUCGUCAGACUUAAUGUGGGUUUUAUUUCACAUCCUGGAUACAUGUAUAAUUAGUUCACUCUGAGAUGUCUUAAUGUAGUUGUGUAGUUUUGGAAGCAUCCAGACCUUCUAGCAUAUGCAACUUUGAAAAUAAAAAAUUUAACUUAAUGUGGUGGAUGGAAGCAAAAAAAAAAUAUGUGGUGGUUUCAGUACAAAUUUUUUUGUCAGGAACAGAAUCACAGAGCUUGUAAGUGAAUGUGAAAAGCUAAAUGCUGGUUUCUAAGAUGAGAGCUUGUAAGUGAGCGUAAAAAGCUAAAUGCUGGUUUCUAAGAUUUUGUGGUUACUUUGGUCAUCUUGCUUUUUUAUUUCCAAUUCUGUAAUUCUGAGUAUUUUGCUAAGUACUUGCUUUGGAGUCUUGCUAUUUCAUUUCUAAUUCUGAUAUACCGAGCAUUCUGCCAACUCCUAGUUUGUCUGUUUUAUGUGUGGUGUACCACUCAGAUGUUAUGUAUACGUGCCUUUCAUUCAGAAAAGAAUCACUCAUCAAAUUGUUAUUUAGAUACUGUUUUCACAAGCUAUCGGUAAUUCUAUGGCCUUAGGAUGUCUGUAAUUUGUGUUCAAUUUGGAAUUUUCUUUCAUACAUUUUGA